UUCGUAAUCGAUAGGGAUUUGCCGUUGAAGAAGCAGUUGCUCUCUCUCUCUCUCUCUCUCUCUCUCUCAGCUUUGCUUCCUUAAUAACCAAAACCCAGAGAGAAGUUAGGCCAACGGUUGGCCUGGCUUCCCUCCAAACUCUCUCUAUCUCUCUCUCUCUGAUUCCCUUGGAAUCAAAGCAAAAGCCCUUUUUUCAGUUGAUUCUUGGUCACCAUCUGAGACCCAACUUCACCUUCUUGAUACCUUCUUCACACCUAUUUUCUUCAUCUCCUUUUGCCUGGUCCUCAUAUAUACUGUCGAAAUUUCUUCCAAUUGAGUGUUCAUUCUAAGGCCCAUCUUUUAAUACCCAGUUGAGAUUUUGGCCUCUAGUGCAUCUUUCCAAUGAUUUUUGGUUGAGAGAAUUGGCGGUUACGGUUCAAAAGGAAAGAUUUUGGUUCAUACCCAAUAAAGUUUGAGGCCUUGGUGUAGAGCUGGGAAGUUCUUUUAAUUUGGGCAAGCAUCAAUUUUCUGAAGAUUCGAUAAGAACAAGGUUCUUGAACCAAAUGGAUAAGCAAGGAGAAAAGUUUGUUGUCUUGCAAUAGUGGCUGCACCAAACUCUAGUUAGACCACAAAAGGUUGGAGUUUUUUGACAACCAUGAAUACUCGUUACUUCAUUCCAUCAGACUCCCUGUGCAACUCCAUCAAUACGAUUUCAAUAUUCUCAUCGAGCUCCGUCACCGGCGGAGAUCGAAUUCCCGCGACGACUGCCCGAAACAGGGCUCCCCGGGCCCCGCCUUCAUUGCUGAUAAGAAUGGCGAUGAGGGUGUCUAGAGCAAGGUGGUUCACCUUCUUGAGGAGAGUGUUCCAUUACCAAAACGGGUCGGGGUCGAGGUCGGAUCUCGGGUCGAACCCUUUCAAUUCGAGUACUUGGAUGAUGCUAGAGCUCAUUGCUUUACUUGUUCAAAUUAGCAUCACAACGAUUACUCUGGCCAUAUCCAAGAAGGAGAGGCCAGUUUGGCCUAUGAGGAUGUGGAUUGUUGGUUAUGAUAUUGGGUGUUUUCUCAAUCUUUUGUUACUCUUUGGGCGUUACAGAUAUCAUUAUCUGACUCAAGGAGAUGGUUUCACUCUUUCUGAUAUAGAGCAACAAAGAGGAGUUGAAGAAUCCAGGAGCACACACUUGAUGAACAAGUGCAGGACUUCACUAGAGCUCUUCUUUGCAAUAUGGUUUGUGAUGGGCAAUGUUUGGGUGUUCGAUUCCCGAUUCAGCUCGUUCCGCCGCGCCCCAAUGCUCCAUGUCCUCUGCAUCUCCCUGCUCGCUUGGAACGCCAUUAGCUACUCCUUCCCCUUCCUGUUGUUCCUUCUGCUUUGUUGUUGUGUGCCACUCAUAAGUAGCCUUCUUGGAUACAACAUGAACAUGGGGUCCAUUGAUAAAGGUGCAUCUGAUGACCAAAUUUCUGAGCUACCCAGUUGGAAAUACAAGGCAGUUGACAACAAAUUGGAGCUAGGAACUAAUAAUACAGAUUGCAAAUCAGACAAUACUCAUGAAGAUCCACAAUGUUGCAUUUGCCUAACCAAGUAUAAAGAAAAGGAAGAAGUGAGGCAGUUACCAUGUUCCCAUACAUUCCACCUCAAGUGUGUAGACCAAUGGCUCAGAAUUAUAUCUUGUUGCCCUCUUUGCAAACAAGAACUACAAAGAUAGCAACUUAGAAAUGGGUUUUUUUUUUUUUUUUUUGGGGUUAUAUUUCUCUUAUUUUGGUGUGAUUUACAUUUUCUUUCCUUUUUUUUUUGUAAAGAAAAAAUGGUUACUUGAGUGAGUUUAUUGCUUGUACAAUGGAUCAGCUCACCAGUAACCAAAACCAUACUGAAAGUCAUCCUUCUUUGAGUACACAAAUAGCAAGAGAAUGAUGUUAGAACUAAGUAUAUACACUACCUAAGGGUAAGAGACUACACAAUUAUACUCCAUUAAAUACACGGGAUUUUUGAGUGUUAUAAAUAUGGUUUUCUGUAA